AUGAUGGACUCUGACCAACAAACUGCUUCCGGAUUUCGUUACGUCGCACCCGGUGCGAUUUCCAUUGGAAAAAUUCCUGCGCCAUCCAGCAUCAUUGCCAAUCCAACCCGCUUCAACGACUUUCAAUCCGCCCCUUCUCCUGAAUCUCAACUUCCCAUACCUGAGACGUCUUUGCAGGGUUCAAAUGCAUCGUGCUUAGCGACACAUUUUUCGACGAUACAUAAUGCUGUCCAAACCGCACAUGAUAACUCCGGAAUGGAAGCGAUCACCUCCAUGUCGCGCCAUCUGACCCCUGCUACAAUUACAGGUCGGCCGUCCUGCUCAUCAAAUUUGGAUAUAUCUCGCAAAGCCGUUCAUUCAGGUCAAGCCCUCAUUCAACCACUUUUUUGCUGUGCACUCGAGUCUAACUUCCCAUCCGCAGGCUUUAGUCUUGAUCAACCAUCAUCUCGCAACUCCCUGGCAUCAGGAACCUUAUCAUCUCAAACAUUGAAAACAAAAACACGGGAUUGGGUCAGCCUUGGAUCCUCUAAACAAUCCCGGCUUGAAUUACUCAUGCAAUUGGCCCCCUCUCACGCAAUCACACGUAACCCAGAGCUGAGCUCCGAGCAUUUGGCAAACACUUCCGUUCACCACCCAUUUGAUACACCAAUGCCAUCAUGCAAUCAACUGGCCGCGCCAAGGACCCCCAGUCCUUCUGCUCUACAAAGUUGUACCCUUACAAGAGCUCUGAGUCACCUGGCUCCAGAGAUCUUGGCCGCCUCCCCCAAGAUUUUCACUGUGGUUUCAUCCGGUGAUGAGCGUCGUGAUCUGACUUCGAGUGUCAAUCUGCCGCAAACCGCAAAUCUCAUUACGAUCCCCUCGAAGCAUCGGAUGACAUCUCAGAGGAGCUCAAGUAGCUGUGGCCAGGGCGAAACAGUCGAUUCAAACCAUGCCGCUAUUGAUUCGACGGUCCAACGAUCGGCUUCACUGGCUGCCGAAUUGCAAUCUCAGACUGUAGGAAGGGUCGUAUCCGCAUCAGUCUCUAUCACAUCAAGGACAUUACCGGCCAGUUUGGAGCGUCUAGACCCAAGAUUAUCGCCUCGAUCCAGACGAGAGGCUUGUAUCAUACCAAUGAGUGAUCAAGCAGAUGCGAUUGCGCCUGAUGAGACCGCAUGUCGCUCUGUCUUGUCACACAGUGGCACUGGUUCGUUCCUUGAGUUUUCCUGGCCUGCGUUCAUUGUUUUCCAGGCUCAAGUGAAGAUUUCAUACGUAGAUCUGGUAGUUCGAUCUCCAACGCUUCCAAACACCGGCUUCGAUAGACAAUCACAGCUUCCCCUAACGGAUACGUCUGCCUCGGCUCCAGUGGCUCCUUCGACACUUUGCAAGACACCUCCACCUCCUCAUGUAAGAACAAAUACAGAAGUUUCAGGUGACUCGAAGAAGCUUUCGCCAUGCCUGUCGGAGUGUUCCUCGUCUCUUACCUCUUUGGCAUCGGAGGAUGAUUCGUCUGAUCAAGAACUCAACAAUGCGUCAAGCGGGAUAAAGUCACGGCGCUCCAAGCCAACCGGCCAUCAGUGGACCAGGGCGUUAUGGAGAUCUUUCUCCGACGGCAAACUCGAGCAGGCUCCAGAAUAUCCCGUUAUCGGACAAGAAUUCGAGUCUCUUGAAGCGUAUAAACAAGCGUGCUUGUUAGCUAGUUGGGCCCGCGGGCAUCAUAUGGUAUGUCUCAACUAUUACUUGGUAGUGAGAUGUCGCUUUGACGGACUCGUCUCCUGGACCAAUCUCACUCACGCAGUCCCUAUCUGCCAUCUCAGCACAUUAGGAACUCACAAAAAUCCGGUUCGACUCUCAAGCACGUCUUGUCUUGCUCAACCAUACGAUUACGCCACAGAGGGUGCUCAUAUCAUUUUUCAAUUCAGUAAGGACCGUGCACCGCCUAAAGGAUGCAAUUGCACUUUCCGUAUUGCCGCUACAUUAGAUCAGUCCCUCAAGAAUUCUAAAUGGACCAUCACCUAUGUCUUCCUCCAGCAUCACAAUCAUACCCCUAAACUUGGUGACAUUGAGAAUAUGACACGCGAUACAACUCAGAAACAGAGCCAGGCCACGAGUUUCUUCGGUCGCAGGCGGAGUGGGAAACAUUCGAUUUCAAUGGACAAUCAAGCAGAUGGAAUUGUACCUGAUCUGUCCGCACCCAGCGAUGUCCUAGCAAAUUGUGAUCCGGUGAUUACGUCUCAAGCGCCGCCACAGGCUAUCCCGGGACCAUCCAGUCUUUCCCUCGCCAAUAAGUCUCCGUCAGCUACUGGGAAUCCUUCGAUACAUCACAAGACACCUCCACCUCUUCAGUUGAGUGCGACCGAAGUGUCAGGUGGCUCGAACAAGGUUUUGUCAUGGCCUUUAGAAUGGUCAUCACCUCUUACCUCUUUAGCAUCUGAGGAUGAUUCUUCUAAAGAGCUGGAAAAAGUGAACCAGAUACACUCACGACGUUCCAAUCCAAAUGGUCGUCAGUGGACCAAGGCGCUAUGGCAAUCUUUCACCGAUACCGUACUUGAGCAGGCUCCAGAAUAUCCUGCUAUCGGACAAGAAUUCAAGUCUCUCGAAGCUUAUAAAGAAGCGUGCUUGCUAGCCAGUUGGGCCCGCGGGCAUAAUAUGUCCCCAUCUGAUUAUCUCAGCACAUCAGGAGCUCGCAGAAAUCAAGUUCAACUCUCAAGCACGUCUUGUCUUGCUCGCUGUAAUUGCACGUUUCGUAUUGCCGCUACGUUUGAUGGAUCUCUGGAAAACCCAACCUGGAUUGUCUCACAUGUUUUCCUCCAGCAUCAUAAUCACGCCCCUCAACCUGGGGACAUAGAAAAAGCAAAGGGCACUUCAACUAGCAAACGAAGCCAAGCUAGAUGUCAUUCCGGUUGUAUACACGCUGCAACACAUUCGCCCACCACUUUGCGUUCGCGUCCUUCAGAGACAAAAGAGGACAAGGACAAAUCGGGAAAGGACUUUCGAAAAGACGACCAACAUUCUCUACUUCAGAGCAAAGAAAACGCUCGGUCGGCCCCCUAUUCCGCAGAGAAGUCUUCAGACAGUCUCAGAGUAGCUGAGAAUACACCUCGGACUCGCAAUAGUACCAGUACGGCUUCCAAGAUGUCUAAUAUGAUGUCUUCGGUAGGCUUGAGGUCAUCGAAGCGUAAACGUGAUCGCUCAGAUGACACAAAUAGCUCUAAACGGUCAAUAACAUGUAAACUUGACAAAUGA